AUGACUUCAGCAUUUAUCGAGAUUUGCGCGUUUAGUGACGUUCGGAUCCUCCACAUUCCAAGCAAGCCACGGCCCAAGCGCGCUGCCUGGGCGGACGCCUACGGGCUCUCCGCCGACUCGCUGCUUCCGCCCUCGCCCCUCUCCCUUCCGCCCUCCCUCCCCCCCGCCCCUCAUCUCGAGGACUGCGCCGCGCUCACAGCGCUGCGCCAGCAGGCGGAGCAGCGGGGGGAAGGGGGGGAAGUCCCCCCAUGGGCGGGGCCUUUAGACCUGUGCAACCCCUCGCCCCACCCGCCUUGGGUGCGCGGGACGGACGCAGCCAAUCUCGCGAUGACACGUGUCGUGCAGAGGGACAUCUGGGUGAACCAGUUCCCGGGCGGCUCAUGUGCGGACAGGCGCCUGCUGGUGGUGUCGUGGCCGCCCGACUUCCAGCACGGGGUGGGGUCGCAGGUGCAUGUGAUGACGUCCUUCCUCAGCAUUGCCAUGCGCCACAACCGCACGCUCGUGCCCGACCCUUUGAACUACAACCGCGCUUACACCGACCAGUGCGCAGAGAUGGGCAAUUCGGGGCGGUGGGAGUGUUACUUCUUCCCGCUCGUGGCACCGGAGUGUGAGCGCGUGGUGAUGGCGGCCAAGGACGCCAACAGCGUGGUGUGGGGCAGGGAGGGCGUGGGGGCGCUGUGUGCGUCGCAGCACGGCGUGGUGGGCGUGGAGGGCAUGCCGUACCUCGACCUCGACCACGAGGCCACCAUUGCCCUGUGCGUGGGGGAGUGCGUGGGCAGAGGGCAUGAGUGCUGGCACGAGUGGAGUGGGGGUGCGUUCAUGACUGCAGCGCAUGACCUCGACCACAACGCCACCGUUUCCCUGCGGUGGGGCCGUCCCCACCUGGGCCGCCCCAGCACGGUGUGGUUCCCCCCUGGCGCCGUGGCUAAUGAUGACAGGACCCCCCAGGUGCACUGGUGGCGGGCGCAGGCGGUGCGCUUCAUGCUGAGGUGGCCAUCAGCCCAUCUCUGCCACGUCAUCAACCAACAGAGACACACCGCCUACGGCAUGCACACAGCCAAUCGCAUCGCUCGGUUCACUGAAACCCAAUCGGAGUUGAUCGCUGCAAUCAAAGCCGCCCCUCACACCACCGCCAGCACAAGCACAAGCAGCAGCAGCGGCAGCAACAGCAGCAGCAGCAGCAGCGGCAGCAGCAACGGCAGCAGCGUCGGUAGGCUGCCUGCGGAAGUGGCGGCAGUGGGCGGCAUGUCAUUCGCAUCGCCUGCCCUCCACGCAGCUCUGGCCCGCACGCCAUGGGCGUUCGACUCCCCCACUCACUCCCUUGCCCAGGACCAAGCAGCAGCGCAGGGGGAGGUGGGGGGAGUAGGGUUGGGUUCGGAGGCUGUGGGGGCAGUGGGGAGUGGUGGUGGGAGGCGGUGUGACGCUGGGGGAGGAGGCGGUAGCAGUGCUGCCGAGGCUGUCAGCAGGCUAGCUGGUGAGGUGGCCAGUGAGGCAUACAUGGUGCGACCGCUGGUGGCGGUGCAUGUGAGGGGCAGCGACAAGGAGGAGGAGAUGGGGCUGCUGGGGCUGCCCGUGUACUUGUACUUCGCGCACCAGCUCCGACUGCUGCUGCCCGACCUACGGCAUGCAUGGAUCAACACCGAGUCGCAGGCUGUGAUCGACAGCCUCGCCUCGUACCACGAGUGGACAUUCCUCUACAGCAGCAACACGCGGCAGGCCGCCACGGCCAACAACACGAGGGAGUACGACGACAAGCAGUCCGUCGCUGCCAGCUUCGCCAGCCUGCUCAUAGCGGCGCAGGCUGACGUGUUCAUUGGCACGCUGGGCUCCAAUUGGAGCCGGCUGAUGAACGAGCUGCGCUCCACCAAUGGGAGGCUCUUCAACAAGUUCAUUGCCCUCAAUGAUGGCGAGUGGUGA